CUCUAGGAACCCAGAAAAUUUUCCCCGCAAUGUCAUGACCAAUUCUUCACUAAGCGAGCUUCUCUAACCGUUUUCCAACAAUGGGGGUUUGCACUUCAAAGCCUCACAAACCCAACCCUUACGCUUCUCGGGAACCUGAAGCUGAACCUUACGAUCCCUCACAGCAAAUCCCCAAAACCCCUCUCACUCCCUCCGGUGGCCGGAAAGAUGACGUCAUCGCCGGUAAACAGUCGCCGUUCUUCCCCUUCUACAGCCCAAGCCCUGCACACUUCCUCAAGAAGUCUCCGGCGACCGGAGGAGGGAACAAGAGUGCCAGCUCGACGCCGAGGAGGUUUUUCAGGCGACCGUUCCCGCCUCCGUCGCCGGCGAAGCACAUAAGGGCUGUGUUGGCUAGACGGCAGGGAAAGAAAGCGGCAACGGCAAUACCGGAGGAAGGAGAGGAGGACGGCGGAGGAGGUGCCGCCGAUUUGGAUAAGAGAUUCGGAUUCUCGAAGGAGUUCACUAGUAGGCUUGAGGUUGGGGAAGAAGUGGGUCGAGGGCAUUUUGGGUAUACUUGUUCUGCUAGGUACAAGAAGGGUGAGCUUAAGGGUCAGCAAGUUGCUGUUAAAGUCAUCCCAAAAGCUAAGAUGACAACAGCAAUUGCAAUUGAAGAUGUGAGAAGGGAGGUUAAAAUAUUGCGAGCUUUGAACGGACAUAAGAAUCUGGUACAAUACUAUGAUGCAUUUGAAGAUCAAGAUAAUGUCUACAUUGUGAUGGAGUUAUGCGAAGGUGGCGAGCUUUUGGAUAGGAUACUAUCAAAAGGAGGGAAAUACUCAGAAGAUGAUGCGAAGGCUGUGAUGGUACAAAUACUAAAUGUUGUCGCAUUUUGUCAUCUUCAGGGUGUGGUGCAUCGAGAUCUUAAGCCAGAGAAUUUUCUGUAUACGUCGAAGGAUGAAAGUUCAGAGUCAGAAUUAAAAGCAAUUGACUUUGGGUUAUCUGACUUUGUCCGACCAGAUGAAAGGCUUAAUGACAUUGUUGGAAGUGCAUACUAUGUGGCCCCAGAAGUUCUCCAUAGAUCGUACAGCACUGAGGCUGAUGUGUGGAGCAUAGGCGUGAUCGCAUAUAUUCUUUUGUGUGGUAGUCGCCCAUUUUGGGCCCGAACGGAGUCUGGUAUCUUUAGGGCAGUUUUGAAAGCUGAUCCCAGCUUCGAUGAGGCUCCUUGGCCUUCUUUAUCUACAGAAGCAAAAGAUUUUGUCAAACGCCUACUGAAUAAGGAUCCACGGAAACGAAUAUCUGCUUCUCAAGCUCUAAGUCACCCUUGGAUAAGGAAUUACAAUAAUGUAAAAGUCCCACUUGAUCUUUUAAUAUUUAAGCUCAUGAAAAUCUAUAUGCGAUCAUCAUCCUUGCGUAAGGCUGCUUUAAGGGCCUUGUCCAAGACAUUAACUGCUGAUGAACUCUAUUAUCUAAGGGAGCAAUUUGCAUUGUUAGAACCAAGCAAAAAUGGGAGCAUAUCCUUAGAAAACAUUAGCAAGGCCUUGAUGAAACAUGCAACGGAUGCCAUGAAAGAGUCUCGCAUCCCUGACUUUCUUGCCUCGCUAAAUCCAUUACAAUAUAGAAGAAUGGAUUUUGAAGAAUUCUGUGCUGCUGCAUUAAGUGUACAUCAGCUCGAAGCUCUUGAUCGCUGGGAACAACAUGCCCGAUGUGCUUACGAGCUCUUUGAGAAAGAUGGAAACAGGGCUAUCGUUAUUGAAGAACUUGCAUCGGAACUUGGGCUCGGUCCUUCUAUCCCUGUUCACGUGGUUCUUCAUGACUGGAUACGGCACACCGAUGGAAAGCUAAGCUUUCUUGGGUUUGUCAAAUUAUUGCAUGGUGUGUCUAGCAGAAGUCUUGCAAAGGUUCAGUGAAAAUGAUUGAAAGCAAAGCCACUUGGAUAUGCUGAAUUUCCUAUAUGCUGAUUUGUGGGACGGCUCAAUCAAAUCAAACAAAUCAUAUUUGAACUUGUAUCAAAGUGUGCUGCAAAAACAUAUACGAAUUUGCAAUUCUUGGGAUGGUUCAAUCAAUCAAAUCAUAUUUGAAUCUGUAGCACAUGCUCUUGCAAGCACAGCCCUAUUACAGUCAAUGAUUCUUUUGAAGGUGCUGAAAUUGUAAAAUAGUUUACCAGAUCAAUGGGUUAAGAUAUGCAUUCUAGAGUUUAAAUUAGCUUUGCUUCAGUGAGUGGUAAUAAUUACCUUUGCUAGUUUUAUAAUUCCUACUCUUAUUCGUAUGAGCUAAGAAUUACUGUGAUCAGAGUCCUAUAAAAAGCAGCCCGGUACACAGAUCUGGCAGUAAAUGUAGAUAUCUUAAUUAUCUGGCGCUAAAUGUAGAUAUCUUAAUUAUCAGUGACAGCGAUUGCUUUUACGGUUUGAAUAUAUGACUAAAUUACAUGGAGACCA